ACUGUUUUACAGUUUUAUUUCUUUAUUUCAAGGAGACAGUGGGAAGCAUGAUCAGGGACAUCGGCCGAGACAUCACCAGUAGAGAGGAGUUGGUUGCCAGCAGGCAGAAUGCCCAUCGGGAGAUACAGAUUCUGCUGCGCAAUAGCCAACGCAACGUGAGCAGGGACUUCCUGGAAAUGCGCCAUUACCUGGAGCGGCAGGAAGGGGGCGCCCUCUGGCGCAUUCGGCAGGAACAGGACGCGGCGCAAAGGGAAAUGCAGGACAGUGUCGCUACCGUCACGGCCGAGAUCUCACAACUGCGGGAGAGAAAAGCGCAUCUGGAGGAAAAGCUGCAAUACGAUUGGCUGGAUCUACUAAAGAGUGAGGGCACCGUGUGUGAGAGUGGCACCCAGCACCCAUGCCCCCUGGGGGACCCCCAGCAUCUGUUUGAUUGUAACAGGAUCGUAGAGACCACCCAGGUGAUAUCUGAGAUGAAGCUCAGUCUGUUGGCCCACCCGCUGCUGGAAGAAGCCCCCUGCCCCCCCCCAAAACUAAUGGAAGAGGAAUUUGGGGUACCCAGCGAGGAACCAGCUGCAGGGCAGCCCCCCAUGCCCGUGUCACCAGCGAGGGCCCCCCAGAACCUCCUGCAAUUAAUGGAAGAGGAAUUUGGGGUACCCAGCGAGGAACCAGCUGCAGGGCAGCCCCCCAUGCCCGUGUCACCAGCGAGGGCCCCCCAGAACCUCCUGCAAUCAGUAAUGGAAGAGGAAUUUGGGGUACCCAGCGAGGAACCAGCUGCAGGGCAGCCCCCCAUGCCCGUGUCACCAGCGAGGGCCCCCCAGAACCUCCUGCAAUGGGCCCGUAAAGUGUGGUUUGACCCCCAGACCGUGAGCAGCCGCCUGUCGCUCUCCUCUAACAACAAGACGGUGACGGUGACGGCAGCCAAUCAGCAUUACCCUGAGGGGCCCCUCCGAUUCAAAGUGAGCCAAGUUCUCUGCGCCCAAAGCUUCUCCUCUGGGUGCUGCUACUGGCAGGUCUGUGCCAGGCAGGGUGCCAGCUGGGGCAUUGGCGUGGCUUGUGCGGAGAUUGAAAGGACCCAUCGCCUGGGCAGAAACCAUUUGUCCUGGUGUGUGGAAUGGGCCAAGGGGGGGCUGUCGGCCUGGCACAGCGACCAGGGCAUCGGGCUCCCCGGGGCAAAGCCACAGCUUGUGGGGGUCUUCCUAGACUGCGAGGCCAAACUCCUUUCCUUCUAUUCCGGCACAGGGGAUUCCCAGGUUCUGCUCCAUUCCUACAGGAUCCGUUUCAGUUCCCGCCUCUUCCCGGCAGUCUGGCUCUUUGGUCUGUCACGUGGCACCUCCCUGACUAUCACCGACCCCACGAGCCGGGAGCCAGAUGGGUGAGACCCACCAGGUGGUACUGCGGGCAUCUGCCAGGCACACAGCAGGCUCAUCUUCUUUUAGAGCUUUCCCUGCCCUCAUAGCCCUUCUCUGAUUGGCCACUACUUGCUGCCAGCUUCAGUAGUACAGAAAGCAGAGAGUGUGGCAAGAUGGCAACAUGGAUGUAUGAUGGGGCUGUAGGGAAAGAUUAAAGCGACAUGACAUGUUGGCGAAAGUAGGGCAAGAUGGUGACAAAAUGGUGGAAAUGUGGCCUGUAAUGUGUUGCCAUAGGCUGUUUGUCCCUGGCCCUUCCACAAGGGGGCAGCUGCCUCCCACACAAGCAAACGUUUCCUAGCCAUGGCAGAAUAUCUACAGAGUAUCCAAACAGGGCAAGUCUGGUGGAUCAUAGGUACCCCCCCCCCCGGGGCCCCCCAUAGGUCAGGAAUCAAAUGGACUGAAGAACUGGCCUCCUUAACUGACAGUUAGGGGCCUGUAGCCCUGGGGUAUCUAUAAAUUAUCAACACUGAAGGACAGGGCCACCACCAUGAGACCCCAUACUACUAGUCCCCUGGGGGCAGCAGUUCUUAGCCUACCCCUCCUGUUACCCCACAACCCUCCUACCCCCCAGAAGCCCUGCCUCCUUUGCAACAUGUGACUUGCAGCUUCCUGUGCUGUGGGGAGCGCCCCUCUGCCCAGUGACGGUGCCCGGACAGAUACACGUCUGUUGUGUACUUAGAACUGCUUAAUUGUAACAACCAAAACUCAUUCUGUCUUUCUGUAAUUAUAAUCUCAUUGUAACGAUGUUAAAUAAACUGCAUAAAUUAGCACAAACCUU